AUGUUGAGUAUAGACGCCAAGCCUGUAGACACCAAGCCUGUAGACACCAAGGCUGUAGACACCAAGCCUGUAGACACCAAGCCUGUAGACACCAAGCCUGCAGACACCAAGCCUGUAGACACCAAGCCUGUAGACACCAAGCCUGUAGACACCAAGCCUGCAGACACCAAGCCUGUAGACACCAAGCCUGUAGACGCCAAGCCUGUAGACACCAAGCCUGUAGACACCAAGCCUGUAGACACCAAGCCUGCAGACACCAAGCCUGUAGACACCAAGCCUGCAGACACCAAGCCUGUAGACACCAAGCCUGUAGACACCAAGCCUGCAGACACCAAGCCUGCAGACACCAAGCCUGCAGACACCAAGCUUGUAGACACCAAGCCUGCAGACACCAAGCCUGCAGACACCAAGCCUGUAGACACCAAGCCUGUAGACACCAAGCCUGCAGACACCAAGCCUGUAGACACCAAGCCUGUAGACGCCAAGCCUGUAGACACCAAGCCUGUAGACACCAAGCCUGUAGACACCAAGCCUGCAGACACCAAGCCUGUAGACACCAAGCCUGUAGACACCAAGCCUGUAGACACCAAGCCUGUAGACACCAAGCCUGUAGACACCAAGCCUGUAGACACCAAGCCUGUAGACACCAAGCCUGUAGAUAAGAACUGCUAUAUUCCAACAAAGAAAAACAGCUGCCAGGCCCUCAGCAUCGCAGAGUAG